AUGAGCGAAGUCGACGCCUGCCUACCGCACACCGCUAUUGCCGGCUGGUAUGGCGAGAUGUCCAUGGAUAACACGAGCUUCGGCCUCAAUCAUGGUCUAAACCCGGCCGGAGACGAUGAUACUGUCAUCGUCCUCAGAGCCGACCGCUCUGCACAGUCCGGCGCCGAUGUGAACAGCAACAGCAGCAGCAGCACCCGACGCACCUCUACCGCCAACGAAAAACCUGCUGUUCGCGGUAAGAAGCGCAACAAGCCUACGCUGAAUUGUCUGGAGUGUGUCGAGCGCAAGUCCAAGUGCGAUCGCGCACGUCCAUCCUGUUUCACGUGCAUUCGGCGACAGACCCGUUGUCAGUACACGCAUAUUGCAGAUGUCAUUGCCGCCAAUCCAGCGAGUACCAUCAAUCCGCGUAAACGCUCGAGAACCGACACCACCACGGAACGUCCUCUUCAACCUAUCGUGAAUAUUGAAGAUACAAAUCGCCGCUCUUCUGUUGCCGUAAUCAAUGCCAUUACGGAUUCUGGCACCACUGCUACUAUCCCUGCCCUCAAUGAGAGCAAUCAGCUCGACUUCCAACAGGAUUUUGGGGCCAUCGAAGACGAUGAGCCAGACGAGUUGAACCAGCUCCUCAACGUAACGCCUUUAAUCCCAAAUGUCAUUGACACCUUAGCACCCACCAUAAUCGGCUCUCCACUUUCAGCACGGCCGAGUGAACGCCAUGCAUUGCUCAACCUGUUUGGCGCCGCGAGUAUUGAGCACCCCUUUCAGAACUACUGGACCGAUGCAGGCGGCCUCGUUGAGGUCGUGGCCAGUCUGCCAAACAGAUCUGAUGCCGAAGUUCUGAUCGAACGGUAUUUCGACACCGUGGAUCCUGUGUACCCCAUCAUCGCGCGAGAUGCAUUUGUCGCGGACGUCGAACGUUUCUGGCAUCUGCCCGAUCACGGUAAACACAGACACGACCCAGCACAGAUAGCGCUGCAGUUCGCAGUCUACGCCAACGCUGCACAGGACUCCACCUUGAGAGAAGGCUCGGACGUUCAACUGGACAUGGCCUCAUUUUACCUGAGUUGCUGCCACCAGAGUCUGUGCAUCUCAAGCUACCUUAACCGGUGGUCGCUAUUGACGGUCCAGACGAUGAUUUUGAUCUGCCAUUUCAUGAUAACGAACAACCGCAUUGCCGACGCGUGGACGAUCUCUGGCAUUGUGCAACGUCAAAUUUACCGCCUGAGACUCAACUGCAUUCCCGACGCUCUUGGUCUGCACCUGGAUCAUGAGACUGUGCAGGUACGACUGCGGCCAUGGCAAGCGGCCAUGUUACAAGACACAUUACUAUGUCUGCGUCUCAAACGACCUCCAUCGACCACGUACUUUAACGUCAGUCACUACGACAUACAAUCGUUUCGGACCUCUAACGAUUAUGCCUCGUCGGACGUUGCGUACGUGCGUGCAAUGUGGCAGUGCUCUGUGCUGAUACAAGAGACUAUCUGCACUCCGCGCUCAAGUCAUAAGCCACUUUGCACCGAUGCCGCACACAGGAGUCAGACAGUCUCCAGGUUUCGCGAGCUAUACUCUCGGUUCGAGGAACCCUUUUGCCAGACAGCGCCGUCUCGUUUCGACCAUUUAUCGCCCCGCCUGCUUUACCAAAUGGUUACUGUGGCCAGCACUUACUUUCACGCACUCAUGUUUGUCUUCACGGACAGGAAUGAAAAAGCAGGAGUGCACAGCGACCCCUCCGGAGCCAUUCGAGCUGCCCAUGAGGGCAUGACAGCUUUCUUCGCACUGGUCCGAAUCGCACCGGGACAUAUGCGCGUUUGGGCUGCAGUUCACAGCCGCACGUAUGCUAUGGCGGCAGUGAUAGGAACUAUGCUGGCGACUCACAAGAAAAACAGCAUUGCCGGCCGACGAAUCGUCGUUGAUGAUCCGCAGCUCAUGCUCGGGAAGAGUGACUUUGACCGAUAUGUUAGUAUGCUCGAGAGGGCGCAGGGUUCACCAGAAUUUCGGGUAAUUCAGCGUGAGCGGUUGGCCAACCUCAAGACGCUGCAGGCGGAAGCGCAGGCCACAACGAAUUGA